AUUGUCUUUCUGAAUUUGAUUGAUUUCAAAUUCGGUUGUCGUCCAGAUAAAUAUGGCAAAGCCCCCUCCUUAAUCGAGUACAAUACUCUUCUCACUACUCAGUCUAAGUGACCAAAGAUAUACCAUGUCAAGUAAAAAGGGUGAACAAGGGCAGAUAUUCUUUCCCGACGAGGAGAAGCAGCGCGAGGCUGAUCAAUCGUUCCUGGUGGAAUGGGACGGCGAUGAUGACCCUCUAGAUCCUCGCACCUUUUCGGCAGCGAAGAAGUGGUCCUAUGUCGCUGUCGUGGCCAUGGGUUCUCUUUUGGUCACGGCCACGUCAUCGCUGUACACUUCGUGCUACGAUCAAAUCAUGGAAGAGUUUGGCUGCUCUCUGGAGAUCACAAAUCUCGGGCUGUCACUUUACGUUCUGGGUCUCGGGCUUGGACCGCUCAUCUUUAGUCCUCUAUCGGAGUUUUAUGGACGCAGACCAAUAUACAUCACCUCCACUGUGUUCUUCUUGAUCUGGCUGAUCCCGUGCGCCGUUGCAAAGAACAUAGAGACACUCCUGGUUGCGCGAUUCCUCAACGGUCUGUCGGGAAGUGCAUUCCUGGCUGUCGCUGGUGGAACUGUAGUCGACCUGUUCGUUCCUCAACAACUUCUGGUUCCCAUGACCGUCUUCACUGGUGCUCCCUUUGUUGGACCAGCCCUUGGGCCUCUCAUCAGCGGCUUCGUCAACUCUUUCACCACGUGGCGUUGGUCUUUUUACAUUCCCAUCAUCUGGGCCGGACUACUCCUUAUAUGCGUACUCUUCACAAAAGAAACUUUCCACCCCAUUCUCUUAAGUAGGAAGGCGGCGGUCUUCCGUAAAAGCGAAGACAACGACAAGUACUACUCAGCCUCCGAAGUUACCCGCGCGUCAAAAUCACUGUCGGGGGCUCUCCUCACCUCCCUCUACGUCCCCUUCCAGCUCUUGUUACUCGACCCCAUGGUUCUGGCUCUCUGCACUUACACCUCUCUCCUCCAAGGGAUACUUUAUCUGAUGUUUGGUGCCUUCCCACUAGUCUUUGGGGUCAAUCACAGUUUCAAUCUCUGGCAAAUCGGUCUCACGUUCAUCGGUCUCAUGAUAGGCAACAUGAUCGCCUGCUUUUGCAACCCCUUCUGGCACAAGCACUGGAUGGGUUCGAUCCGUAAGAUGAAAGAGAAGAAUGGAGACGAUUACAAGCCUGAGCCCGAGUUGAGACUACCACCUGCGAUGGCGGGAUCAGUUUUGGUCACUGUGUCAUUGUUUUGGUUUGCGUGGACGACCUAUGCAUCUGUGCAUUGGAUCGUGCCAAUACUGGCAACUAUACUUUUCAGUACAGGGGUUUUCUUCGUGUUCCAGGGAGUGUUCACGUUCUUGGUAGCUGCAUAUCCCAAGUAUGCAGCAAGUUCUAUGGCUGCCAACACUACUACACGCUGUGUCUUUUCAGCAGCGUUUCCGCUAUUCACCAAUCAAAUGUAUCACAAGCUCGGCUUUCAAUGGGCGUCGUCACUGCUAGCUUUCUUGACUUUGGCCAUGUUGCCUUUCCCUUUCAUUUUCUUCCAGUAUGGGAAGAGCUUGAGGGCGAGGAGCAAGUUUACCUCAGCAUGAUUGCAAUCGUCAAGAUAUCGGCAUUGCUGGUAACUCUCGGAGCCUUCUUCUUGGUCGCAUUUGGAGUGGGACCUCUGUUAUGGUCGCCAAGAGACUUUGUUGAAUGUUUGUAGGAUUGACAAUUCAAUAAGUAGGCUUAAGAUAUUACAACCACUUUAACAUAUAUACUGCCAACUUUGUCAGUCAUU